GAGCGAGCCGAGUCCCGCGCCCCGCGCCCCGCGCCCCGCGCCCCAUGGAGCAGCUGCUGCGCGCCCAGCUGCGCACCGCGACCCUGCGGGCCUUCGGCAGCCCCGGCGCCGGCUGCAUCUGCGAGGGCCAAGCCUACGACACGGACGCAGGCCCCGUGUUCGUCAAAGUCAACCGCAGGACGCAGGCCCGGCAGAUGUUUGAGGGGGAGGUGGCCAGCCUGGAGGCCCUCCGGAGCACGGGCCUGGUGCGGGUGCCGAGGCCCAUGAAGGUCAUCGACCUGCCGGGAGGUGGGGCUGCCUUUGUGAUGGAGCAUUUGAAGAUGAGGAGCUUGAGCAG